CCCGGGGGAACCUACUUGACGCUUCUGGAACUCCACCAUAACUCCAACAAGAAAUUUCAAAUUCAAACAAACGGAAAAAAGCACAGAACAAUAAUAAUCCUCGGAGAUGGAUCCCGAAAUGGCACUGGAGCUCGUAAAGCACGGCGCGAUGCUUCUGCUCCUCGACGUGCCUCAGUACACUAUCGUCGGAAUUGACACUCAGGUUUUCACUGUAGGGCCUGCUUUCAAAGGCGUCAAGAUGAUUCCUCCUGGUCCUCAUUUCGUGUUUUACAGUUCAUCAAGCAGAGAUGGCAAAGAGUUCUCUCCAAUCAUCGGUUUUUUCUGUCACGUUGGCGCUUCAGAGAUAAUUGUUCGCAAGUGGGAUCAACAAGAUGAAAAGCUAGUGAAAGUUUCAGAAGAAGAGGAAGAAAGGUAUUCUGAAGCAGUCAGAAGUUUGGAGUUUGACAAACAUCUCGGUCCUUAUAAUUUACGGCAGUAUGCAGAUUGGACACGGCUAUCUAAUUAUAUUACAAAAAGUGUCAUAGAACGGAUAGAACCUAUUGGAGGAGAAAUCACCGUUGCAAAUGAACCUGCAAUGAUAAAAAAUACCCCUAAAACGGCGAUGGAGAAAGCGCUAGAUGAGCAAUUGAAGAGUAGUAAAUGCUCAACAUCCAUUGAUAAGUCUCAGCUAAGAGGAUGCUAUUACACAUCAAUUCCCCGUGUCAUCAAACGUAAAGGAGCUCAGGGGCAUGAACUUACUUUCUUAAAUCUUGACAAAACACAAUUGUUAGAAAGCCUGCUGAUCAAAGAUUAUGGAGGUUCUGAAGACUUGCUCCUGGGAGAAUUACAAUUUGCAUUUGUUGCUUUUUUGAUGGGACAGUCACUUGAAGCGUUUCUGCAAUGGAAGUCUCUGGUUAGCCUUCUAUUUGAAUGUACUGAAGCUCCUUUUCAUACAAGGAGUCAGCUCUUUGUGAAGUUUAUUAAGGUCAUCUACUUUCAACUUAAGUAUGGACUUCAGAAAGACUCUCCAGAUACAACUGGUGCAGCUGCUGCAUUGUUGGAUGACUCAUGGUUUUCUGCUGAUAGCUUUUUGCACCACCUUUUCAAGUUGCAGGAUUUUUUUUCACUGGUCCAAGAUGCAUCGGUUGUGGAUGGUGAUCUUCUGUCAUGGACGAGGAGACUGCAGGAGCUGCUUGAGAAAACUCUUGGGUGGGAGUUUCAGCAGAAGAGUGCAGUUGAUGGCAUUUAUUUCGAAGAAGAUGAUGAGUUUGCUCCUGUGGUUGAGAUGUUAGAUGACCAACCUCUUACUGAUGCUCCCGCGGAAUAAGUCGUUGCAUCAUAAGUUUGUGUGUAACACACACAAGUGACAAAGCUCCUAUAGAAAUGUACUACUAUAAAUGUUCUAUCUAGAAUGUUCCUUUGCAUGAUAAUAGGUUGUUUUGUAGGGAUUUGAAAUUUUGAUUGAAGAAAUAAAUUACACAAGGAAAAUGUCUUCGGUGCAGAGGCAUUUGAUUUUC